AUGUCUAUUAAAUUUGAUUUUACUGGUAAAGUAGUGCUAGUAACGGGCUCGAGUUCGGGUAUCGGUGCGGCCACUGCUGUCCAGUUCGCCCAAUCGGGUGCCAUUGUUGUUGUCACCGGUCGUAGGGCUGAUAAAAUAGCAGAAGUGGCCAAAGAGUGUCUGAAAGUAUCGCCGAAAGGGAUUAAAGCACUGGAAGUGACGGCAGAUGUGACCAAACGUGUAAAUCUGCAACGACUCGUAUACGAGACUAUUAACCAUUUCGGUAAACUUGAUAUUCUCGUCAAUAACGCCGGCGCCGGGAUUUUAGCCUCGGUUCAGGACAAAGACUAUUACGACAACUUUAAGAAAGUGAUGGCAAUUAAUCUCAAUUCUGUCGUAUAUUUAACGCAUAUAUGUGUCGAGCAUUUGGAGAAAACAAAGGGAAAUAUCAUUAAUAUCUCGAGUAUCGCCGGAUUGCGAACAUUUAUCGGCUUUUCACCAUAUUGUAUGGCGAAGUGUGCUCUGGAUAUGUUUACCCAAUGUAUGGCAGCCGAGUUGGGACCUAAACGUAUUCGGGUUAAUGUUAUUAAUCCCGGACCCGUUCGCACCGGCUUUUCAACCGCUAUGGGAACCCCACAAGAAGUGUCAGACAAAACAAUGGCCGCUUACAGUGAUUUUGUACCCAUUGGUCGUGUUGGCGAACCGGACGAUCUAGCUCAUUCAAUUUUGUACUUGGCCAGUGAUCAUGCUGCGUUUGUCACCGGAUCUAUAGUGCUGAUAACGGGCUCGAGUUCGGGCAUCGGUGCGGCCACUGCUGUGCAGUUUAGUAAAGCCGGCGCUCAAUUGGUAGUCACCGGACCUCCUGAUCGUCAACCCAUAGAUACGGCCACAGAGUGUCUGAAAGUAUCGCCGAAAGGGUUGAAAGCACUGGAAGUGACGGCAGAUGUGACCAAACGAGAAGACAUGCGACGACUCGUUGACCAGACUAUCAAACAUUUCGGUAAACUUGAUAUUCUGGUCAAUAACGCCGGCGCCGGGAUUCCCACCCGUAUUGACGACAUCGACUAUUACGACAAGUUUGAGAAAAUAAUGGCAAUUAAUCUCAAUUCUAUCGUAUAUUUAACGCAUAUAUGUGUCGAGCAUUUGGAGAAAACUAAAGGAAACAUCAUUAAUGUCUCGAGUGUCGCCGGUUUGAUAGCGUGUAUGGCUGCCGAAUUGGGACCUAAACGCAUCCGGGUUAAUACUAUUAGUCCUGGACCCAUUAGAACACAGUUUUACGAGACUAGUGGUCUGACAACUGAUCUGGCUAAUCAACUAUUUAUUACGUUUGCCCAAAAGCUACCGGUUGGUCGCCAGGGUAUUACUGAUGAUGUGGCCAAUACCGUACUAAACCUGACCAGUGACCAUGCACAGUUUUCAACCGGUGACAAU